AUGGCUUGCCCGGCAGGAUUUGGAAAUGAGACGCCCACAAAGCCUGGGGCUGCCUUCACCAAACCUCACAUCUUUGAAACAAUCCAAGAGCCGCGAGAGCUGAGGAGCUUAACCCAAGAUUGCAUUUUCCUGCUCGGUGGGCAUUUUGCGAUCCUGUGCCAGUUUGCCCAUCCUGGGCUAGCUGAAGGCUCAUUCAAACACUCCAACUUUGCGUACCGUAUAAUGAAUCGGCUUAAAACGACCGCGAGGUUCUUGAACGCAGCCGUAAUGGGCACUCAAGAGGAAAAAGAGGCCAUAUUCAGUGUCAUUCAUGCUGCACAUGCAGAUGUCAAAGGGCCAAACUAUUACGCCGAUGACCCUGAGCUACAUAAGUGGACAGCCGCGACACUUUUCGUAUCCCUCAUCAUCGUUCAUGAGGCUUUCUUUGGGAAACUGUCCAAGGCUCGCCAAGAAGUCAUGUACAAAGAGUCUGCGGUGUAUGCAACAUCCCUACGCAUGCCGCCCGAGAUGUGGCCAGAGACAUUAGAUGACUUCUGGGUAUAUUGGAACCAUAAUAUUGACACCCUGGAGGUGACUGAUUGGGCGAAGAGUCUGACCAAGGAUCUCAUGUUCCAAGCAGCAUACGACUUGAAGCCCACGCCUAUCAACACACUCAUGUAUCAUUUUGUCGUUGGGAAUACGGCCCUUAUCUGGCCUUUUCUCCCUAAGGUGAUCAAGCAAGGGCCAAGUAGAUACUAUCUUAGUGACAUGAGGAAGUCGGUGAAACGCAUUGAAGAGACGGGCAGUUGGCACGAAAUCAAAUCCUGA